CCUGUGGCCCAAAGCUGAUCACUAACGCAGCGCUCUGUCCUGACAGGUGGCGGCGAUGGCUGAAGACGGGAACGAGGAGAUCAUGUUCAUCUGGUGUGAAGACUGCAGCCAGUACCACGACUCUGAAUGUCCCGAGCUGGGUCCAGUGGUCAUGGUCAAAGACUCCUUUGUGUUAAGCAGGGCAAGGUCGUCCCUUCCCUCCAACCUGGAGAUCAGACGCCUGGAAGAUGGAGCCGAGGGGGUGUUUGCUGUGACCCAGCUCGUCAAGCGCACGCAGUUUGGCCCAUUUGAGUCGAGGAGAGUCGCCAAGUGGGAGAAGGAGUCUGCGUUUCCAUUGAAGGUGUUCCAGAAGGACGGGCACCCCGUGUGCUUCGACACCUCCAACGAGGACGACUGCAAUUGGAUGAUGCUGGUGCGGCCGGCGGCGGAGCCCGGGCACCAGAACCUCACGGCCUUCCAGCACGGCAGCGACGUGUACUUCACCACCUCGCGUGACAUCCCCCCGGGCACCGAGCUGCGCGUGUGGUACGCGGCCUUCUAUGCCAAGAGGAUGGACAAGCCCAUGCUGAGGCAGGCCUGCCCUGGGCUCCACGCUGCAGGCACCCCAGAGAGCAGCACGCCAGUGGAGGCGGAACCCAGCCGGUGGGUGUGCAAGGUGUGUUCGGCCACCUUCCUUGAGCUGCAGCUGCUGAAUGAGCACCUGUUGGGCCAUUUGGAACAAUCCAAAAGCGCCCCCCCAGCCGGCCAGCAGGAUUCGGCUGCGGAGAAGGAAGCAGACGUGCCCCGGGGGGAGCCUCCCGCAGUUCCCGAGAGCGUCAGCGCCACCAAAGAGCAGAAGAAAAAGCCUCGAAGGGGGAGAAAACCCAAAGCAUCCAAACCAGAGCGGCCUCUAGUCAUUGUUGAAGGCAAGGAGCCCGCAGAGCAAGUGGCCGAGAUCAUGAGCGAGGUCGAGCCUGUGGCUGCGUCGCCGGACGAACGGAUCAUGGAGCUGGUCCUGGGGAAGCUGGCCGCCACCCCCAGCGACGCAAGCUCAGUGCCAAAGUUCCCCCACCACCAGAGCAGCAGCUUCACCCUCAAGAGGAGCCUGAUUCUCUCGAGCCGCCACGGCGUCCGGCGGAAGCUGGUCCGGCAGCUGGGGGAGCACAGGCGGGUCUACCAGUGCAGCAUCUGCAGCAAGAUCUUCCAGAACAGCAGCAACCUGAGCCGGCACGUGCGCUCCCACGGCGACAAGCUGUUUAAAUGCGAGGAAUGCACCAAGCUGUUCAGCCGCAAGGAGAGUCUGAAGCAGCACGUCUCUUACAAGCACAGCAGGAACGAGGUGGACGGCGAGUACAGGUACCGGUGCGGCACCUGCGAGAAGACCUUCCGCAUCCAGAGCGCGCUGGAGUUUCACAACUGCCGGACAGAUGAUAAGACGUUCCAAUGUGAGAUGUGUUUCAGAUUCUUCUCCACCAACAGCAACCUUUCCAAGCACAAGAAGAAGCACGGGGACAAGAAGUUUGCCUGUGAAGUCUGCAACAAAAUGUUCUACCGCAAGGAUGUCAUGCUGGACCACCAGAGGAGGCACCUGGAAGGAGUGCGGCGGGUGAAGAGGGAAGACGUGGAGGCCGGCGGCGGCGAGAACCUGGUGCGCUACAGGAAGGAGCCGUCGGGAUGCCCGGUGUGCGGCAAGGUGUUCUCCUGCAGGAGCAACAUGAACAAGCACCUGCUGACCCAUGGCGACAAGAAGUACACCUGCGAGAUCUGCGGGCGCAAGUUCUUCCGCGUGGACGUGCUGCGGGAUCACAUCCACGUGCACUUUAAGGACAUCGCGCUGAUGGACGACCACCAGAGAGAGGAGUUCAUCGGCAAAAUUGGGAUCUCCUCGGAAGAAAACGACGACAAUUCCGACGAGAGUGCGGACUCGGAGCCUCACAAGUACAGCUGCAAGAGGUGUCAGCUCACCUUCGGCCGCGGGAAGGAGUACCUGAAGCACAUCAUGGAGGUGCACAAGGAGAAGGGCUACGGCUGCAGCAUCUGCCACCGGCGCUUCGCCCUGAAGGCCACCUACCACGCCCACAUGGUCAUCCACCGCGAGAACCUGCCUGACCCCAACGUGCAGAAGUACAUCCACCCAUGCGAGAUCUGCGGGCGCAUCUUCAACAGCAUCGGGAACUUGGAGCGACACAAACUCAUCCACACAGGUGUGAAAAGCCACGCCUGUGAGCAGUGUGGAAAGUCCUUUGCCAGGAAGGACAUGCUAAAGGAGCACAUGCGCGUGCACGACAACAUCCGCGAGUACCUGUGCGCCGAGUGUGGGAAAGGCAUGAAGACCAAGCACGCGCUGCGCCACCACAUGAAGCUGCACAAGGGCAUCAAGGAGUACGAGUGCAGGGAGUGCCACCGCAAGUUCGCGCAGAAGGUCAACAUGCUCAAGCACUACAAGCGUCACACAGGGAUUAAAGAUUUCAUGUGCGAGCUGUGCGGAAAAACUUUCAGUGAGAGAAACACGAUGGAGACGCACAAGCUGAUCCACACGGUGGGCAAGCAGUGGACGUGCUCCGUGUGCGACAAGAAGUACGUCACCGAGUACAUGCUGCAGAAACACGUGCAACUCACCCACGACAAGGUGGAGGCCCAGAGCUGCCAGCUGUGCGGGACCAAGGUGUCCACCAGGGCUUCCAUGAGCAGGCACAUGCGGCGCAAGCACCCCGAGGUCCUGGCCGUGAGGAUCGACGACCUGGACCACCUGCCCGAGACCACCACCGUCGACGCCUCCUCCAUCGGAAUCGUCCAGCCUGAGCUGAGUCUGGAGCAGGAGGACCUGGCGGAAGGGAAGCACGUGAAGGCCGCCAGGAGGACCCACAAGAGGAAGCAGAAGCCAGAGGAGGAGGCCGGGGCGCCGGGGCCCGAGGAGGCCGCCUUCAGCGAGUUCUCGGAGAAGGAGGCCACGUUCUCGGGCGGCGGCGGGGACGAGACCAACUCCGCCGUGCAGAGCAUCCAGCAGGUGGUGGUGACGCUGGGCGACCCCAACGUGACCACCCCGUCGAGCUCCGUCGGCCUGACCAACAUCACCGUGACCCCCAUCACCACCUCGGCCGGGACUCAGUUUACCAACCUCCAGCCGGUGGCCGUCGGGCACCUGACCACCCCGGAGCGCCAGCUGCAGCUGGACAACUCCAUCCUGACCGUGACCUUUGACACCGUCAGCGGCUCUGCCAUGCUGCACAACCGCCAGAGCGACCUGCAGAUCCACCCCCAGCCGGAAGCCUCGAAUCCGCAGUCGGUGGCCCACUUCAUCAACCUGACCACCCUGGUCAACUCGAUCGCGCCCCUGGGGGGCCAGCUUGGCGAGCAGCCCCCGCUCACCUGGCGGGCGGUGCCCCAGACAGACGUGCUGCCGGCCCCGGCCCCCGCCCCGCAGGCCGCCCAGCCCCCGGCGCCGGCCGAGCAGCAGCCGCAGAUGUACAGCUACUGAGACACCUCGC